CCGCGUUCUAUCUAAUUCUUUCUCGUUCUCCACCAGGAAAAGAAGAGGGAAAGGGGUUUCCGCCACCGCCCGCGUCGCCAUGGAUCUUCCUUCCCUGGGCGGCGCUACUGAUCUCCUCCUCGUUUUUGUAUUCUCCGCCGUCGCUUUCUCCGUUUCUGUCUCUGCAUCAACUUCCUCCUCUUCAUCACUGGCAAUGCCUGGAUCAGACUCUUCUGCGACCGCAUUGGCCACCGCGGCGACUUCCGCUGGGCAGAUUAACUCCAACUCGGUCCUCGUCGCCCUCCUCGACUCUCACUACACCGAGCUGGCAGAACUGGUGGAGAAGGCCCUCCUUCUCCCGUCCCUGGAGGCCGCCGUCGGUCGACACAACCUCACCAUCUUCGCCCCCCGCAACGAGGCGCUCGAGCGCGACCUUGAUCCCGAGUUCAAGCGCUUCCUCCUGGAGCCACGGAACCUCCGCUCUCUUCAGACUCUGCUCCUCUACCACGUCGUCCCCGCUCGAAUCGGUUCCGGCGGCUGGCCUCAGGCGCGCCACCCCACUCUUGCCGGCGAUCACCUCCAUCUGGAGGAUAACAAGGUUGGCCUCGCUGCCGUGGUGCAUCCGGACGCUGUGAUCCGUCCCGAUGGUGUGAUUCACGGCAUCGAGCGGCUGCUGGUGCCUAGAUCUGUGCAGGAGGACUUCAAUCGCCGACGCAGCCUUGCGGCCAUUUCAGCCGUGCUUCCCAGGGGCGCGCCUGAGGUGGAUCCCCGCACUCAUCGCCUGAAGAAGCCGGCGCCUCCCGUCCCCCCGGGCGCCCCGCCUGUGCUCCCAAUCUACGAUGCCUUGGCCCCAGGACCAUCGCUAGCGCCCGCCCCCGCGCCGGGUCCUGGCUCUGGCAAGCAUUGGUUCGACGGGGAAAGCCAAGUAAAGGACUUCAUCCAGACUCUUCUCCUUUACGGAGGCUACAACGAGUUCGCUGACAUACUGGUUAAUCUUACGUCGCUCGCGACGGAGAUGGGUCGGCUGGUGUCAGAGGGCUACGUGCUGACGGUGCUGGCGCCCAAUGACGACGCCAUGGGGCGGCUGACGGCGGAUCAACUCAGCGAGCCAGGGGCUCCGGAAGCCAUCAUGUACUACCACCUUAUCCCGGAGUACCAAACGGAGGAGAGCAUGUACAACGCCGUUCGACGGUUCGGCAAGGUGCGUUACGACACGUUGCGGUUGCCGCACAAGGUGGUGGCACGGGAGGCCGACGGCUCCGUCAAAUUUGGCGCCGGUGAGGGAUCCGCCUAUCUAUUCGACCCAGAUAUCUACACCGACGGCCGUAUCUCCGUCCAGGGCAUCGACGCCGUCCUCUUCCCACCCGACGAGGAAGCGCCGCCCGCCACUUCCCUCUCCCCGUCCGCCCGCAAGGCUGAGAUCGCUCAGGUCAAGUCCAAGUCAAAGCUCAAAGCCAAGCUCAGAAGAGGGAAAUUAUUGGAAGUUGGAUGCAAUUUGCUUGGGGCUUUGGGUCAACGUUCUCGCUUUGCCACAUGCCAAUAAAGGAGGGGGGAAAAUCUAAACGGAGAAUCUAUAGACCCCAUCCAUUCAACAGUCAAUAAACAUGUUCUUGGUGAGGUGAUGAAGUUGAGUGUUUGUAAUGUUCAUACUAGUGAAAAUAGUGAUGCCUGAGAUUCAAGAACAUGUAAAGGAAGCCAUUUUUUGUUUUGUUUUGUUUUGCUUCUGUUGUCAUCCAUAUUUGUUUUACUACAAAGUCAAUUCCACAUAAUUCCUUUUAAA